UGUCCUCAAAGUGUCAACAAUGGAAAAACCCAGAGCAUCAGCGGUAUAAAGGCGGUGCAUCUCCAACUCGUCGACACUCUGCUCAACCUCUGCUUUGCCUUUUUUUGUCGGAUUAAUCUGCAGCUCRCCGGCCGUGACGUCAUGAAUCUGUGGCUCACCUCUCACUUCCUGGUUGUGGGUUUGUUUGUGUGCAGCGCAGCACCGACGCCUGAAGAAUGUUCACAACUGGUCUCACCUGUGUCUCUGGACGACUGCUCCAGGAUGUUCGGCAGCUGGAACUUUCUGGUUGGUUACUCUGAUAGUGAAUUAUUCAACAACAUCCUGAAGGUCACCGACAGCUCGACGGUACAAAUAAAAAAAAACAGCGAUGGCGUACUCAAAUUUUCUGAGUACAACAAGAUGAAUGGAAAAUGCAUCAGCUCGGUAGCUAACGUGACAGUCGACGGUGACACGGCAACAGUGUCGUCGAUGAACGUCACGUCUGUGUUCCACGUGUUAUCGAGCAGUGACGACUGUUUGGUCUUCAACAUCAACAGCACCGUCGGGGACAUAGAUCAGAUCAUGAGCGUCCUGAACAUCAGCGUCUCUGGAGGCGAGGAGGCGGUGGUUCGCUCUCUGUAUCUGAUGGGCCGGGAGUCGACAGUGAAGGAUUCAGACCUGGAGCAUUUCAAGCAUCAGGCGAUCUGCCUCGGCUUCUCCAGAGAACCAGACUUCUACCACGACUCAAAGAAAGAGUUCUGCACCGAAGCAGAAUCCAUCAAGAUUUUCUCCUGAAGAAGAAACUCGACGGUCGUCAGUAUUUCAGACUGAACAACAGGAAGUAAAGACACAGAUGUCUCCAAACAUCAAACCUGUCCUCUGUGAUUUUAUUUCAUUAUUUACUUGAAAUAAAAGUUCGUCACUGCAAAA